GGCAGACUAAAAAUUUUGACAACACUUACACAUGUGCUUGGAAACAUCAAUGGUCUGAAUCGAGCCUGUCUUUUGUGUGACAAUAGAUCUUAUUAUACCAACUUUGAGUAAUAGCUGCAAAUGGCUAACUUGAACGUCAACACUUUGGAUGAAGAAUUCAUCACUUGUCAAAUUUGUUUGUAUGAAUUUGACGAGGAGAAUAAGAAACCCAAAUUUCUGCAAUGUUCCCACACCAUUUGUCUCGAGUGCUUCCAGGCCGCACGCCAACAAGACACAAUCACUUGCCCUUUCUGUCGGACCUGCACAUCAAAAGACAACACCAAUGGAGCAGAGUGGAUUCUGCCAACCAAUCGAUAUGUUCUAGAAAUGAUCAGAGUGAACAGAGCUCAAUCAAAUUCUGUGCCGCCAACUGCACUGCCAGUUAGGGAGUCAGAAGAAGAAGAGUAUGCCUUGAUGGAAGCGAUUGAAGCCAUGCAACAGAGAUUACUGAACCAGGAACAAGUGAUUACUACACCAGCAGAUACUGCCGUCUUACAGCCAGCUGAUGAGGAUGAACAAUUGAGGCUUGCACUGGAAAUGAGUUGUAGAGAUAUGGAACAAGAAGCCUUGAAUGAAGCGAUGCGCCAGAGCUUAUUGAACCAGCAGCAGAGUCAGCCCGAGUCGAGUCAGCCGAGCCUAGUCAGCCCGAGUCAUCCUAAUAGGCAUCGGGAAUCACAAGGGAAUUCGGUAGCAGCAGCCGGUGCCAUCCCACAAAGCACCGGGCCUGAUUCAGCCAAUGACGUGCCCUCUGAUGAAAUAUUCUUGUUUCUAUUACUGUGUUCAUCGGUACUAUACUAUGCCUUUUUACUAGUUUGCCAAUUGAUUCCGUUCUUAUGGUAUCGCUUACAUUUUGCAUUGGGAAUUGUAUUUCUGUUGGUUAACAGCGCAGUUUAUUCGUCCCAAGUUAACUUGUAUAUAAUAUUGUUUGGUUUAGUGCUAUCAUAUGAUAUCUUCUUUCUAUUUUUGGAAUUGUUUAUGUUCUUUUUCUAUCAGUUGGAAUUGUUAUUAGUAAUUGUAUUUCUCUUCUUUGUUUGUGAGAUUCUUAUUUUUAGGGGUUUUUGUCACCACCGCACCGUGCCUCUAUCUAGCACAUUCUAAAAGUGAUAUAAUUUAUCCGUCUCUAAAGUUAUUUUGAAAAUUAAUGUUAUCAAUAAAGUAAAAGCCAACCUGAUUUCUAGGUCAACGUGGCCGGCAGCAAUGUUGGGAGUGUUGGACAGCACAGCCGGCAAUUAAUCUUAUAACACAGUCAAACGGAUACCCACAUCUUUGAUAAUGAUUUUAAAGCACAAAUAUGAAUUUUGUAAACUUUGUAAACUGUUUUCCUCAACUCAUCGUGUUCUUCCUAAGAAUUGUGGGUUUUUCAAAUGUGAUUUAAAUUUUGCCAUUAAUAAAAGUCUAAAUUAAAUAUUCAACGAAAAAUGGUGAAUUUUACGUUCGAACCUUUUCCUUUUGUGUAGGGUACGUUAAUUGUUCCUUCGAUAAUAGAGUUUACAAACCCCCUUC